AAAGCGCAAUAACGCCAUCUUUGGGGUGCAGGAAAAACAACCCUGUUGCAUACUUAUUCAGUUCCUCUCUUGUAAACUCAAAUACAUUUAUACUGAUGCUCAUAACUGUUGAGAAUUAUAGUUUCGUGUUGUUCGUGAAUGUAUGUUUUCGACAGCUGGACAUUGGUGGUUCUCUGUGGAGACUAAGAAAUGUAGGUCUAGCUUUUACAACACAAACGGAAGUAGCUGGUAAAUAAAUCUAGUGCACCAAUACGUUUGUUGACGUCAGGUGCUGCUGGUUUCAACGCGGGUUUUGAUGGUUGAAUGUUUACCUGGAACACUGCUCAGCUACAGACUGUGAGAGAUGGCACCAAAGACGAGGGCCAGAGUCAGUAAAAGAACAGCAAGUUCAGGCAAAGUCAAUGAUGAUGAUGAAAUGGUUGGAAGCAAGAAGAAAGCUGCAGCUUCUGUUGAGCCUUCAAAAAAUAAAGACAGCUCAGAACCUCCACAGUACUGUCACUGGCUGAUGAAAUCUGAGCCCGAGAGCCGCUUUCAGAAUGAGAUUGACCUGAAGUUUGGGAUCGAGGAUCUGAAAGCUUUGCCUGAUCAGACUGGCUGCUGGGACGGAGUCCGCAAUUAUCAGGCACGCAACUUUAUGAGGCAGAUGAAAGACGGGCAGUUGGCUUUCUUUUACCACAGCAACUGCAAGGAGCCGGGGAUAGCAGGAAUCAUGAAAAUUGUGAAGGAAGCUUAUGUGGACCACACUCAGUUUGACAAGAAAGAUGUCCAUUUUGAUGCAAACAGUAAAGCAGACAACCCCAAAUGGAGCAUGGUAGAUGUCCAAUAUCAAAGAAUGGUGAAGCGUUUUAUUCCUCUGUCUGAGCUGAAAAAAUACCACCUUCAGCACCGAGCCAAAGGAGGGCCUCUGAAGGACAUGUCACUCUUUACCAGUGCCAGGCUCUCUGUGCAGCCUCUAACCACUGAAGAGUUUGAGUUUAUCCUGACUUUGGAGGAUAAGGAGCCUUUGUGAGGAUUUGGACCAGAUGACUUUGUGGGACAGUGAAAUCAUGAAGCAACUCAUACAGCACUGUACUGUUUAUUUUUUUUGUUACCAAAUAAUAAAUGUGUUUUUGUCAAA